UACAGCUUCGACUUCUCACUAGAAACAUCAACGUCCCAGCGACACCAUCUCUCAGCGGCACCUCCUCCUCCUCCACCUCCGCCACCUCACCACAAAUUCUGAUCGAACGUCUGCCCACGCACGAGAACCUCACAACCACACCCAGGACUUGCACCGGCCACCAUGGCUGAUCGAUACUCCUUCUCGCUCACCACUUUCUCGCCCAGCGGAAAGCUGGUCCAAAUUGAAUAUGCUCUCAAUGCAGUCAACCAGGGUGUGACUUCACUGGGCAUCAAAGCUGCCAAUGGCGUCGUCCUUGCGACUGAGAAAAAGUCCUCCACACCACUGAUCGACGCCUCGUCAUCGUCGAAAGUCUCCCUCAUCACACCCAACAUCGGCAUGGUCUACUCUGGCAUGGGUCCCGAUUACCGUGUGCUCGUCGACAAGGCGCGCAAGGUCAGCCAUACGGGCUACAAACGGAUAUACAAUGAGUACCCUCCUACGCGGAUAUUGGUGCAAGACGUGGCGCGAGUGAUGCAGGAAGCGACGCAGAGUGGUGGUGUGCGUCCCUACGGCGUGAGCUUGCUCAUCGCAGGCUGGGACGAUGGAAUUCUACCCGAGCAGGAAGAGGCCGAGGCUGCGGAAGAGAUGGACGUGGAUGACAAGAAGAAGAAGUCUGGCAAGACUGGUGGUAUUCUCAAGGGCGGGCCAAGCUUGUACCAGGUCGAUCCGAGUGGCAGCUACUUUCCAUGGAAAGCGACUGCGAUUGGCAAGAGUGCGACGAGUGCAAAGACCUUCCUCGAGAAGCGCUACACGGAAGGAUUGGAGCUCGAGGAUGCCGUACACAUUGCCCUGCUCACGCUGAAGGAGACGAUCGAGGGAGAGAUGAACGGAGAUACGGUAGAGAUUGGCAUCAUUGGCGAUCCCGCAGAUCACCUGCUCGGCUAUGAGGGAGUAGAAGGGGCGACUGGUCCACGUUUCAGGACCCUCAGUCCUCAGGAGAUUGAGGACUACCUGACGAACUUGUAGUAUACGAUGUUGCAUAGCAUAGUAUGGCUGUCUAUUUGGCGCUUCGGAGUCACCAGACGCCCCCGCCACUCAGAGACAGCCUCCUGUACGAAGUAAGAAAUUGGCCGACUGGCACUAGAAACAG